UCUACAAUGGCCCUUUUGAGAUUGAUUGUUGUUGUUGCAGUAGCCCUUUUCCUGUUGGGGGCUUGGGCAUCUCAAGCCACUGCCCAUACUAAUCAUGUCAACAAGGCUACUUCUAAUUAUGUUAAGAUCAACGGCUUUUCCGGCAACAACGUCAAUUACGCCCCGGCGAAUCCCAAACCGGAGAAGAAGUUUCAGAAUCGCCCCCGCAAUUCCAACAAUAAUGGUGGAACUCAGUACACCCAAUUUGCUGAUCCAACCGUUAAUAAUAAUUACUUUCCGACUACGAACUUUGUGGACACCACAAACAAGGUUGAGGAGACGACUGAAACUAUGGCCGAACCUCCUCAAUCUGGAACCUGCGAUGGAAAGCACAGAGCUUUUGGGGGCUGGUUGGCGGUCAUAAUUGCAGUGUCGCUCUAUCAUCAUCAUCGCCUCUGAUGACUUAUCCUCAUACUUGCAUGCAUGGGUUCUUCUUCUGGAUGAAACCAUAUUGGAAGCAAUUUCUCCUAAAUGUUCCUACUAUUUCUAAUUUUUAGUUUUAUGUUCUAUGGUCUCUACAUUUUAAUCCAUCUAUUGUACUCAACACUAUCAAUCGGUUAAUGGAGCUGAAUAAACUACCAGACUACUAGUCAUUUAAAUUUCUUCUCAAAA